CGCAGGUGCAGGUGCCGAGCGGGGCCGGUUCGGCAGCGCAGCCCCGGGCGCUCUCGGGCCGGGUUCCUCACGCCCUCCGCGGCGGGCUCGCCCCUUGCCCCGCGCCGGGCGCGCCUCGGGCUGCGGCCGCGUGGAUGCGAGCGCCGGCGGGGAGCGCCUGAGGCCGAGCCGAGCGCGGCCAUGUCGAGGAGCGGCGGCUCGGGGGGCGGGCGUUCCGGCAGGGCCCUGCUGCCCCGCGGGGCCGGGCCGGGCUCCUCACGCCCUCGGGGCCCGGAGCCAGCGGCCACGGGCUCCCUGCCGCCGCCCCCGCUGCCCCUGCAGCCGCCCCGCGGCCCCGCGGCGGGCAGCCCCGGCCCGGGCCGGCCGGCCGAGCUCAAGCCGGUCCGGCGCUUCAUCCCGGACUCGUGGAAGAACUUCUUCAAGGGGAGACGCACCGGCGGCUCCAGCUGGGACAGCGCGGCCUCCGACAUCAGGUACAUUUCGGACGGGGUGGAAUGCUCGCCGCCGGCCUCGCCGCAGCACAGGUCGGUGCCCGGCUCCUGCCAGGACCCCUGCGGAGGCGCGGGCGGCAGCUGCGGGUCGCGGCGGGAGGCUGAAGCCAUGCUGGCCGCCGAGCCCUGCGGGUGGCCGGGGCGCCGGGCCGGCAGCGGCCGGACCCCCAGCGAGCGGCUGGAGGCCUAUCGGCAGCGCCACGCCUUCAUGAAGUCCUGGCCCGGGCUGCUCCGCAUCCUCGGCGUGGCCCAGCUCCUGCUGGGCGCCGCCGUCUUCGCCUGCGUCGCGGCCUACGUGCACAAGGACAACGAGUGGUACAACGUGUUCGGCUACUCGCAGCCCUACGGCUACGGGCCCGCCGGCGCCUACGGGGGCUACUCCUACAGCGGGCCCAAAACGCCCUUCGUCCUGGUGGCGGCCGGGAUGGCGUGGGUCGUCACCAUCGUGCUGCUGGUGCUGGGCAUGUCCAUGUACUACCGCACCAUCCUGCUGGAUUCCAGCUGGUGGCCGCUGACCGAGUUCGGAAUUAACGUGGCCUUGUUCCUGCUGUACAUGUCGGCUGCCGUCGUGUACGUGAACGACACCAACCGCGGGGGGCUCUGCUACUACCAGUUGUUCAAGACGCCGAUCAACGCGUCUUUCUGCCGGGUGGAGGGAGGCCAGACAGCAGCGAUCAUCUUCCUGUUCGUCACGGUGGUCAUGUAUCUCGUUAGUGCGGUGGUUUCUCUGAAGCUCUGGAGGCAUGAAGCAGCUCGGAGGCACAGGGAGUUAAUGGAACGGGAGAUGAAAACACAGUCCUCUCUUCCAGAAUACAAGUAUGAAAGUGAAGACAGACCAGGAGAAGAGGUCGCUUACAGGCAGCUUAAAUCCAUGGAAAGAAAACCAGAACUACUUAAUGGUCACAUACCUGCAGGCCACAUUCCUAAACCUGUAGUGAUGCCAGACUACCUAGCGAAAUACCCAGCAAUUCAAACAAACGAAAUGCGAGACCGGUACAAAGCAGUAUUCAAUGAUCAGUUUGCUGAAUAUAAAGAGCUGUCUGUGGAAGUUCAUGCUGUAUUAAAAAAGUUUGAUGAGCUGGAUGCAUUGAUGAGACAGCUUCCUUACCAUCCGGAAAGCAUAUAUGAACAAGAAAGGAUAUACAAAGUUCUGCAAGAAUACAAGAAGAAGAAAAAUGAUCCUGCAUUUCUGGAGAAAAAGGAGCGUUGUGAAUAUCUAAAGAACAAACUUUCUCAUAUAAAACAACGAAUUCAGGACUAUGAUAAAAUUAUGAACUGGAAUGUAGAAACUUAGCUAUGCCUUAAUUUUUUUAAUGCUAUUUUCUAUUUUUUAAAUCGAUUUUAAAUUAUUUAUUUACUCUCAAAACAGUACACCUAUGGGGAUCACUUAAUCACUUUGUCCUUUAUUUAGAUGUUGUACAUUACCAGUAGGUUUUUUAAUGCAGAUUGAUUUUUAAACCAAUGAAGUGAAGUUCUCAGAUAAGUUUAGAAAACUUGUGUUAGCUUUCUGCUUUUAUUAGACAGUACACUGUUUGGCCUCUUAAAUAUGGAUACUUUAUUUGAAAAUACUGCAUUUGCAAACUUGCAAAGCCCACCAGAGAAACCAGUUCUAAAUACCAUAUAAAAAAUUUGCACAGAAGUGCCACUAACAAUUGCAGAUUUUAUUUAUAGGUGACAUCUUAAUGACAUCAGGAAGACUGGAGCUGUUCUUUCUGGCUGGGGUUUGUUGCAGUGCUUCAUCAUGUUGAAUAAUUUUGGCAAGUUGACAGUUUGUUUAGUCAGACUUUUUUGUAUUGUAUUUCCAAAUGCUGUGUUGUAGUCUGAAAUAAUCUGGAAUUUUACCCAACAAGAGAUGCAAAGUAACUUCCUAUUUAAGCAGCCAUAGUGUAUUGGCGGUGGUGAGUGAGCAGGAUGUGUUGGGCUUCUGUUGUUUGGUUUUUUGCUUUUUUUUUUUAUUCCCCUCCUUAGAGGUGAUGCAGCACAUUUAUACAUGGCCUUAACGGAACAGAGGUACAGGAUGAGGUGCAUGUUAGCGUUUCAUUAGUGUUGCUAUCAGCCAGUAUGCUUCAUAUACCUUUUCUUAGUCAUCUUUGUAGGAAUCUGUGGGUUUAAAGGCAAAAUACUUCAUUCUUUACCAGCAAAUAACAGGACUUUUUGCCUUGGCAGCAGCUGAUGUGAACUCGGCAUGCGGAGAGUAAGUGCAGCAAAAACAAUUCUUGUUCAAAGUAUAAAUUAUUAGUAUCCUUUAUGAGGCUGGGUAAAGCAUUUUAAUAGAUAGGCUUUCCAGAGCAUAUCUGCAAAAAUUCAAUACACAUUUUUAUAUUGUAUCUUGGGGAUAGGUGUGUAUAUGCAGAUGUUUUUUAUAAGCCACUACAUUUUCUGUUCGUGUCCUUUCUCCAUCUUUGUUUACUAUUUUUUACUCAGUAAAAUUUUAGAGGCAUUGGUAAUUUCUUUGUACAGUUUUCUACAACUGCAACUUGUCUGCUCUGAAAUAUAUUUUAAUUUGAAAAAACCCCACACAGUGUAGCUGUGUUAUUCUGCUGCUUAUAAAGGCAUUUUGUUAGGAAAAGGUGCUCAGAUUAAGGUUUUUUCAAAUUUUUGUUAGUGAUACUUUUUUCUUUAAAAGAAAGUUUUCAACUUUUGCCUUAAUUUAAAGGCAAGGCAUCAGGAAAUCCAUUUCCAGAUUAGAAUGGUGGUAGCAGUACCACCUCUUUGUUCAGUGCCUUGUUCUGGCAGUUAAUAUCGCUUCUGCUCUUUGAGCCCUUAUCAUCACAUUGCAAUACUGAUGGCUACAAACCCACUUCCGUAUUUAUAAAGUUGACAUUCCAGUUUUAUCAGCCACUUCACUCCAAGAGUUUUAGUGGAUGAAGUAAUUAACACAAGACACCAUAGGAAUGCGGAGAGAAUUUGAAAACUUGGGACGUCUUAGGUCAAAAGCCUUCAGUCUCAUCUACCUGGAAGGCAUCUCAAUGUUUUCAUCAGUCUGAAAUCAGAUGACAGUCAGUGCUAUCCCGUGUUCUCCCUCUUUUCAGGUGCCUCUCUCUUUGCUCAGGUUUCUGUUAUUUUCAAAUAAGAAGAAACCUCUCUACCUUAUAAAGGAGCUGGGCUGAGUGUGCUGUAUACUUCUUAAAUUUUUCUUCAUAGGAGAGGUCCUUGUCCAGAUCCCUGCAAUCUAAAUGAUCACUCACUGUAUACUCAGGUUUCUUUUUAUUAUUUCUUUUUCCUCAGUGGGACUUUUGGGUAUCAGUACCAGGAGAAGAUUAGUCCAAGGUAAAGGAUCAACUGAUACUUACAAUAAAGUGCUAAAAAGAAGCUGGCUCUGAUGUUCUCUUUGGAGGAUUCAUAGUCUGCACCUUUAACAAGACUUUGUCCUGUAGGACACAGAGACCCAGCUUUAGGCUUCCUGUAACAGUGGUUUGAGUUUCAGUCUCUGAGAAACUGGCUUCUAGCCCUUCAGUGCUUGCACAGCCUCUGCAGAACUGUCCUGCUGCUUCUUUCCUGCCAAGUUUCCAACAAAUGGGUAGGGAAGGGACAAACCAUGCCUGUGGCUGGAACAAGGAAAUAAACAAAGCACAGAGAGCUAUGUGCAGACCAAUUCAUGUUUCCCAGCAAGGUGCCACAGGUGUGACUGAGUGGGUUUUUCCAAAAGCUGGAGAGAGAAGAUGGGUAGGAAUACUACCUUCUGACAGCCUCUUGGGGUUCAUACAGGAUUAGUGCAGUGCAUGAAGUGGGGUAUGCUGAUCAUGGAGCCCCAGGAGAAGGUAUUUACCUUCACAGCUCAGGAAGCCCACCAGGGCAGCACACUGCGACCAUUUCAGUGAAUUAUUUGCUCACUCCUGGAUCUGUCAUGGACCUCAACACUGCUAAGCAGGCACUUUGGGUGUAUAGAGUUGGUGAGCUGGUUUUGCUCUAACCUAGCAAUGGAGGACCAGAAAACAACUUGUCAACAGGGCUCUGACUGUGCCAAAGAAAAAAAUACUAGUCUAAGAAACAUCUUUGUCUCUCGGAAAAAUUGAGAUUAAUGGAAAUUGAAGUCAUUCAAAUGCAAGACAGAAAUUAGGAAUAAAUUGAGAAUUAGUUACAAUAGGAACUAUCAGGGAAAGUGAUGUCUUAAUGUCCUUACAGAACAGAAGGUAUACUUGAGACAAGUUACAUAAUUUAUUAGAUUAUGGUCACAUAGGUCUCUGUGCAGUCUCUAGUCUCAGCUCUGAAUUGACACUGUUGCAUGUUCGUGUGAGCACUCUGCUAUGUGGUCUUACCUGUGUGACUGGGUUUUUGCAGAAGGUAAUUGACAUUUAUUUGAAAUUUACCAAAUGAUACUUGCCUACAUCAAUGGGCAUACAGCAUAGCCUUUUAAUUCCAGCCUAUCCUCAGACACUGGGUGUAUGUAAUAGUUUUAUCCUUCACUACUUCCUCUUAGAAAAUGCCUGCCUGGCUCUACAGAUCAACAAAGGGAAGUGUCCAAGACAUAGAGGCUCCAGGAAAUAUCAUAGUUUUCAAACAGGACUUGAAUAAAUCAAUAAAAGGGCUUUUUUUUUUUAAAUCUUGAUAAACAGCUGGAUAUCCUUGAUCAAGAUAGCUGUGGCAACAUAUCCUAACUCUUUUCUACUAUGUACAUUUUUGCAAGGCAGAUGAAGCAGUGCCUGACAAAUGUAAUCAAAAGUUUUUAUCACAUAGUUGGGUGGACUUGCUUCCAUGAUAGUGUUAUCAGCUAAAAAUGCUUGUGGCAAUGACAAAGAUAAGUGGUUUGUCAUAGUAUUUAGUUUGUUAAUCUCAAAAUUGUGGUGGGGUUUGAAGCAUUUGGACAAUCAUAAUCUACGAACUGAUUGUAUAUCCAAUGUUCCUGUCUAAAAUUGAAAUUCUUGGCCUUGAUAAUAAAAAAAUCCCUGUUCUGAAA